AUGCCUGCGCAAGGACCCCAGAGGAGGCUACUGGAUUCCCUCAACUCCACCCCUACAGCCACCCCCUACCUCGGGCUGGCCACCAACCAGACAGGACCCUGGUGCCUGCAGGUGUCCAUCCCGGAUGGCCUCUUCCUCAGCCUGGGGCUGGUGAGCUUGGUGGAGAAUGUGCUAGUGGUGGUCGCCAUCGCCAAGAACCACAACCUGCACUCACCCAUGUACUGCUUCAUCUGCUGUCUGGCCCUGUCUGACCUGCUGGUGAGCGUGAGCAUUGUGUUGGAGACCACUGUCAUCCUGCUGCUGGAGGCGGGUGCCCUGGCCACACAGGCUGCUGUGAUGCAGCAGCUGGACAAUGUCAUUGACGUGCUCAUCUGUGGCUCCAUGGUGUCCAGUCUCUGCUUUCUCGUUGCCAUUGCUGUGGACCGCUACAUCUCCAUCUUCUACGCUCUGCGCUAUCACAGCAUCGUGACGCUGUCCAGGGCACGGUGGGCCAUCAUGGCCAUCUGGGUGGCCAGCAUCCUCUCCAGCACCCUCUUCAUUGCCUACUACAACCAUACAGCUGUCCUGCUCUGUCUUGUCACCUUCUUUCUGGCCAUGCUGGCACUCAUGGCAGUUCUGUAUGUCCACAUGCUCACUCGGGCAUGCCAUCACGCCCAGGGCAUCACCCGGCUACACAAGAAGCAGCGCCCCACCCACCAGGGUUUUUGUCUUAAAGGUGCUGCCACCCUCACUAUCCUCCUGGGCAUUUUCUUCCUAUGCUGGGGCCCCUUCUUCCUGCACCUCACACUCAUUGUCCUCUGCCCCCAGCACCCUACCUGCAGCUGCGUCUUCAAGAAUCUCAACCUCUUCCUUGCCCUCAUCAUCUUCAACUCCAUCGUUGACCCCCUCAUCUAUGCCUUCCGCAGUCAGGAGCUCCGUAUGACACUAAAGGAGGUGCUGCUGUGCUCCUGGUGAGCAGGGAGGUGGCUUUUGGUUUCACAGCUAGGGUGCUGGGCAGAGGGAAAUGAUGAUAUCCAGUGGCCUGAUUCCUGUGUGACCACAGGUAACCCCUUCCAUUCCUAGUCCCUGUUUCCUAACAAUGGACUAGAUGAACUCUAAAGAUAUGGGAGCACAGACCAUCUGGGAACAGGGAGAAGUGUAGCAGGGUCCUCAUUGGCAGUUGUGGGGGAUGGAGGAGGCUGGGAUCCUUGAGACUGAGCAUAGGGACGGACUCUGAAGAGACAAUCUCUUUUAGAGAGCUCCACCUCCAACCAAUGACUAGGCAACACUUACCCCAGUUUUUGCUGCCUUCACUUGCUGGGACAGCAAGUCUUUGGACUGAAACAGUGAUGAGAGCCCCAGAGGAGCACUGCUCCCUGUGAGGGUCUCAGGAGA